UGAUGCUUGGGUUCUUUUUGGGUGUCUUGUGCCUAUUCUGGUUCCGCGAAUCCGUGUUCACACGAAGACACCAAAUGGGUAUUCUCGCCGGCAUGCUGAUUAACAUAUCUUUUGGUGUGCUACAUGUGUAUUAUUAGAUCGCCUUUUUUCCGUUAAAGAUUCCUUGUAAAUUAUGUCUCAAUACUCUUUUUCUUUUUUUUUCCUUUCCUUGUACAGUUCUUUUAAGCAGAAAUUUGCCGCAGUAACAUCGUCUUCAAAGGAGACCAUUUUCAUUCCAACACCCUACGUGAAUGAGGGCUAUAUAAAAAAGAUGCAUAAUCAUGAUGCAGUGCUUCUAACGAGUCAGUGUCAUAUUUUCACCAGAGGAUUACAGACUUUGAAAAAGGGAAAGUGCUUAUUUUUCUGGGAUUUGUUGUUCUUAUCCCUGAAACAUGUUUAGAUAUUUGGCUCCAAGAAAAGCGCUCAUUGUUUAUUGCCCAUACUUCUCUCUCUGCAAAGUAAGCAGACAGCGAUGGUGGAGCAGAUUCGCCGAUUCGAUGAUGUAUUGGCAAGGUCUCUAAUUUUCAAAGCUUUUGGAGUUGGAGCUGCUGCGGUUUCCACAAGAUUUUAUGGGAUAGUACAGAUGUUAGAAGA